CCUCUCCUCCCCUCGGCAAGGAGGCCGUCCCGGCGGGCCGCUCCCCGCCUCAUGCGAAAGUCCCUCCCCGCUCGCCGCCCCCCGGCGCCUCACAGGGCACAAAAGGGGCGGCUGCAUGGUGGCGGCCCAGCGCCCGGCCGCGCCCGCUCCGCUCCGCUCCGCGCCCCGCUCCGCGCCCCGCCGCCAUGUCGGGCAGCGGCGGCACCGCCGGCACCGCCAGCACGGUGAAGAAGAGGAGCCCGGCGGGUUCGGCCUCCUCGCUGGCUCAGGAGGAGGAGAAGCAAGCGAUGGAGAAGAUGCUGGAGGCGGCGGGCGGAGGGGCGCAGGAGAACGGCUGCGCCCGCUCGCCCUCGCCGCCCGCCGCCGCCGCUGAGGGUGAGGGAGAAGGGGUGGCCCUGCAGCGCUCCAUCACGCUGCUCAACGGCGUGGCCAUCAUCGUGGGCACCAUCAUCGGCUCCGGCAUCUUCGUCACCCCCACCGGCGUGCUGCGGGAGGCCGGCUCGCCGGGGUUGUCGCUGGUGGUGUGGGCCGUCUGCGGGGCGUUCUCCAUCGUGGGGGCCCUCUGCUACGCCGAGCUGGGCACCACCAUCACCAAGUCCGGCGGGGACUAUGCCUACAUGCUGGAGGUGUACGGCUCGCUGCCCGCCUUCCUCAAGCUCUGGAUAGAGCUGCUCAUCAUCCGGCCCUCCUCGCAGUACAUCGUGGCCCUGGUCUUCGCCACCUACCUGCUCAAGCCCAUCUUCCCCACCUGCCCGGUGCCCGACGAUGCUGCCAAGCUGGUGGCCUGUCUGUGUGUCUUGCUCCUCACAGCAGUGAACUGUUACAGUGUGAAAGCUGCUACUCGUGUUCAGGAUGCCUUUGCUGCGGCAAAACUGCUGGCACUGGCUUUGAUCAUCAUUCUUGGCUUCGUUCAGAUUGCAAGGGGUGAUGUGACAAGCCUGACUCCUGAGCACUCCUUUAAAGACACGAAAGUGGGCGUGGGGAACAUCGUGUUAGCUUUGUACAGUGGUCUUUUUGCCUAUGGAGGGUGGAAUUACUUGAAUUUUGUUACAGAGGAGAUGAUAAAUCCCUACAGAAACCUGCCUCUGGCUAUCAUCAUCUCACUACCUGUAGUCACUUUGGUUUAUGUGCUGACAAACUUGGCUUACUUCACAACCCUGUCGACGGAACAGAUGCUGAACUCCGAAGCCGUGGCCGUGGACUUCGGGAAUUACCACCUUGGCGUCAUGUCCUGGAUCAUACCCGUCUUUGUUGGCUUAUCGUGCUUUGGAUCCGUUAAUGGAUCUCUCUUCACUUCUUCCCGGCUGUUCUUCGUCGGAUCCCGAGAAGGACACUUGCCUUCCAUUCUGUCUAUGAUUCACCCUCGGCUUCUCACUCCUGUGCCAUCCCUCGUCUUUACGUGUGUCAUGACCCUGCUCUAUGCCUUCUCCAAUGACAUCUUCUCAGUCAUCAACUUCUUCAGCUUCUUCAACUGGCUGUGCGUGGCUCUGGCCAUCAUUGGCAUGAUGUGGCUGCGUUACAAGAAGCCAGAGCUGGAAAGGCCCAUCAAGGUGAACGUCUGCCUGCCCAUUUUCUUCAUCCUGGCCUGCUUGUUUCUCAUCGCUGUUUCCUUCUGGAUGACACCAGUAGAAUGUGCGAUUGGCUUUGCAAUCAUCUUCAGUGGGAUUCCUGUUUACUUCUUCGGGGUCUGGUGGCAAAACAAGCCCAAGUGGGUUCUCCAAGGCAUCUUCCACGCAACUGCUGUGUGCCAGAAACUGAUGGAAGUGGUUCCUCAAGAAUGAUAAGCAGGAAAAGCAGAGACACUCAGCUCCAGGAAACGCACAAUAUUAUUUUAAGACAACACAAGGAGAAAACACUUCUGAUCCCUCAUAAAGAAAACCCAGGCAUUGGAGCACCCCGACAGAGCUGCUUCAUGUCUGACACCAUGCCACCUGCCCUGCCUUGCCUCCUCCAGCCUUCCUGUUGCCACCUUUUAGCCCGGCAGACGAGCAGCCACGAGAAGUUCUUGGUACGAACGUGGACCAGGAAGAGGAAUUCCUGCCGGUGACUUCCAAGGGGUCCUGCGUGUCCGGCAGCAGCGAGUCCAGUCGGCAUCUGUGUGUGUGUGUGUGUGAUAUUGCGGACUGUACUUCGGCUCUGUGUAGGGUAACUUGUUAGGGUUUCUAAAACUAAAGUUAGCGAUGAGCUGAGCAUCCCCCAGGCUGCGGCGGAUCUGCUCUCGAGCAGUUUGAGCAUCAGCAGCUGUGCAAAGGUGCCUGUGUCGGGGCUGGGGCUGGGCGCUGAAACACAGCUACAGGGUGGUCCUGAGCCCGACCCACCCACCUUGCCUGGUCACAGGGGGUGGUUGAGAAGCUAAGGUUGUUUAAGGACUUUGUCUGGUGUUGGUGCUCGCUCACACACACACACACACACACACCCCUAAAUACCUGCUGCUGGAUGCUCGGGGCUCUGCCCAGGAAGUGCCACGGGCAGUGAUUUAGGCGAGACAAGGCAGAGCAGAAUUAGUGUCAGAGAAAUGGUGUGAGGAGGCCUUGUCUGACUUUCCUUGUGUUCCUGAAAUGAGCACGUGGCUUUUAACUCUCAGAUCCAAGCUAUCUCCCUGCUAUUGAGCCAGUUCUCUGGGAUGCUCUCCACCAGAACAACAACCCCUGGGCCCUGUGGAUUAGCACUGGGUCAGGUACAGGCCCCAGGGUGGAGUUCUUCCCAGUAAACCCAGGGAAUUGCAUGAGUUAGCAGAAAGUCGAGACAGCUUGCUCACUCCUUGUUUUCCAUAGAUAGGCUGUCAUCCAGCAUGGGAUGAGCACCAUUCUGCUCUGCAAGUGGCCCUGUUCAUUGCCCUCAGCGUGAUCGAUGCUUGCCCCUAAACCAAUGACAAAGAUAAAAUUCUGGUGGGAUUCUCCUGGCUCGUUUGCUGGGAGCUGCCCACGUUGCCUGUCCCUGAGCCCUUCGUUACCAGUGCCUGCAGGGGAGAUGGGACCAACCGGCUCUGGGGGGCGGAAAGGGGCAGAUAUCCCCAAAAGCCUGGAGCCUGUCUUUGAUCUUGGUCUGCUGUAGGUUGUUUUGCUCUAAGAACCAAGGACUGGAGGCUUCCUGAACAGUUUGCUCGUAAUGCCUCUGCAGUCGAGGUGAUGGUCAAUUGGAAAUCCAAUGCAUCUUGUCCCUACAAGUGAGCUGCACGAGUCUCUGUUACAAAUGUUCUCCGUGCUUGUGCUUUAGAAAUUAGGUUGUUGAUUUUUUUUUUUCCUAUAUAUUAUUUUUGUAAACUAAGCUGUUUGGAAUCUGGGAUCCUCCAAGAGCUAACGCUUCCUACUGGAUUCUCCUCUUAGCAUAGAGUCAUUUUGGAAAAGAGGCAUUAAGGACACCAAUGGUACUAGCUCAUGCUUUGUCCUUUUAAGAAGCUCUUUGGCAAAAAAAA